UUCGCAGAAUAUUUAUCUCCGAUUCGAUUAAUUUCUAUUGACAACUACUCGUUCGGACAGUCUGGAAUUCAAAGUGACACCAUAACUGUGAAUAAAGCACAAAAUAAAAUAAAAACUCGGGGACUCUUUAAUCCUUGCAGGCGGUGCCCAAAAUCCAGGAUGGAGACAGGAUCAAUACGGUUACUGUUUGUCAUCUACAUCGUGUAUCUAUUGCUCAAAAUAACGUUUGGAUAUGUAUGGACCAUGCUUGAGGGAUCCCUUGCUUUGGGCGCAUUGGGUUAUGCGCUUUCGCUUUGGAUCCCGAGAAAAGGACAAUGCUUUUGGAAUCAGGAUGGGCCUAUGUUGAAAUUGCGGACAUGGAUUUGCUACUUUCACCUUUGGCUCAACCCGUUCGAAACCGACAAACUCGCCAGGCCCUCGUUGGAUGGGGCGACGUUGGAGGAAAUGGGCAUCUUGCCAUCCAAACAUGAGCUCAAACUUGAGCAAACCAGACCCCAUGAGAGUCUUGAUCAAGGAUACGAGGAUUCGGUAGAGUUUUGGGCACGUAAUGAGGAUGGCUCAAUUCUGGCUAUCAAAGUGGGACUUCGAGCAGACCGUCGUGCCGAAGCUUGGUUCUCAUGGAAAGAAGGGGCGGGAGGUCAGAUAUAUGAACUAGCUCAAGGAACCAGUUACAAGAAUGUGGAAACGUCAUCACCCAAUUCUUACAAAGCUGGUGGUCUCAACUUGACCGUUUUGGAACCAUUUCGAAGAUGGAGAAUUAUUUUUAAUGGAAUCUUACGCCGGGCCGAUGGGACUCUAUUCCAUUGCAAAUUGAACGCCAUUUGGGCAGCCAUAGACCGUCCAAUUCAAAAUAAGCAAGAAGGGGACCCGUGGAUUUUGGCCCAGGCGGCAGCCGCCUUGAAAUUAGACACCGUUUCAAGCAUUGUGUCCUUGAGACAAAGAGUCCUCUCGGGCAUUGAUCAAUAUGGUUCCGUUAGGGGAAUAAUGAGUAUUAGUAACGAGUCUGAUGAAACAGUGAAGGAGGUGGAAAUCCAAGUUGGAGGAUUGAAGACGAAAGACUAUGCUCCUUAUUCCGUAAAACAGAGGGUAACUCUACAAGGAUCUACAGAGACAGGUUUUGGCUUUUCUAUCACCGUCCAAAGUAUGGAAGGGAUCACAAUAACCACGGGCCACUUGCUCAUUCCCGGAACCACUGUGGUCCACAUUGAUGAGUUCGAGGAGCCAGACGUCAGAUAUCUUCAAGCUGCCUUACAGAGAGAUGACUUUGAACCUAAAAGCAUGUUCAUCAGGUUUAAAGCUGAUGCAAGAUGGUUCAAUGUUGGAAUCACUUUUAUUCCAAAUCCUUUUGUUCAAAAUCAAAAUGGAUCAACUCUCGUUCAUGCCAUGGACAUCACCUUUAACUGCGUUCGAGGUCGAGGAAUGGCUGUGUUCCACUCCCCUAUAAGCGAUGUCGCGUCUGAUGAGCCCAACAAUGAAUCGGUUGUUCCACUUCUGGUUCCAAAUCCAAUUGACAUCAAUUUGCAAGAGAUUCCCGUCAUAGCUACACUUCGUUCCGACAUUUGUGGCCACACUUCAAUUUGUGGUGGGAAAGGAGCCAGUCUUGGACUCAUGCUUCAAGGAGAUCCUGCCUCUUGGGGUGAGAACGUCCACGUUCCCGAUGGCCUUUGCGUUACCACUGAAGGCUGGAGAGCUCAGCUUCACGAAAACCCGCGGUGGAAAGACAAAAUCCAAGACAUUGCGGCGUGUCUGGUUCAGGAACAGUUCGAUGAGAAGGUUCUCUCUCAACUUCAAGUGCAUUGUGACGAACUUCAUGAACUGAUCAAAAAUGGACGGGUCACGGAAAAUGUUACUUCAGCAAUCUGCCAAGGGUUGAAAUCAAUUUUUGGAGAUGACUGGACUUCCGGCCGACGAUUUGCUGUUCGAUCGUCCGCUUUGGGGGAGGACUCUGAAGAUCUCUCGGCUGCCGGACAAAAUGAUACUGUUUUAGGCUGUCGGGGGCGAGAUGCCAUCGAGAAAGCCUUGCUUCAAUGCUGGGGAUCCCUUUAUUCCUUUCAAUCCAUCCAAUACAGGAGACAAAACAGUCAACCUAUUGAAACCCCCAUGGGUGUGGUGAUCCAGGAAAUGGUCGAGGCUGAUGCCGCCGGGGUCAUGUUUUCACGAGACCCUACCACUGGAAAUCCCAGUCAUAUUGUCAUCACUGCGAAUUAUGGUUUGGGCGAGAGUGUCGUCUCGUCCAUCAGUGAGCCCGAUACGAUUCGGGUGAGUUACCACCCGUGGGAAAAGGAUCUUUCAAACCAAUUCAAAGUUCAUGGGAUUGACAUUGGAUCAAAGCAUUCCAAGAUUGUUAUGGUCCAAGAAGGUGAAACAUGUGAAUCGAGUGUGAGUGAAGCUGAAUCCAAAAUAGCUUGUUUGAAAACGGAAAUUGUCCUUAAACUGGCUCGAUUAGCCAUAAAGAUAGAGGAUCGCUUUGGAGGUCCAAGGGACAUCGAAUUCGCAGUCAAAGGGGACAAUAUCUUCCUGCUUCAAUCACGUCCCAUCACUUCACUCUUGACUUGGACGGAUUAUGAACUGCUUCACGAAUUUGAUUGCGGUGCUUUAAGCAGAAGUGAUGUCCUUACCAAGGCAAAUGUAGGGGAAGUUCUUCCAGGGGCCUUAACAGUCUUAACAAGUUCAAUCCUGACAAAGGUUAUGGAUUUAGUCAUUCAAAACUCGCAAUCUUCUUCGAUGGGUUCAAAGAUGUCAUAUUCUCCUUAUUUGAUGAGGUUUACACUAAUUUCGCAUCAACAAGUAUUCUUCAACUACCUCGAUGGAUGCUUACCCACGAUUGUCGAACCCAAAAAGAACAUAGGCCAUAAAGCACUGGAUGUAUCAGUGUUCGGUCACGAAGUGACCACACAAAGAUACGUGGACAUGGCCAUUGAUCGCAGAGGAAUCUUGACCAAAAUGGAAAACUUCAAGAUGGGGCUGUCUCUGGGCAAGAAUCUGCUAAAAAGCAUGCUACACAAAACCUUUCCAAGCCUGGGAUCUUACGAAUUUUGGCCGGCUCUCGUCAAUAUUUCCGAAGACAUGACUCCAAUGGAAGCCUUUGUUGAAUUCCAAAAAGUCCUCUUGGGCCCGAUGCCGGCGGCAACGAAAAAUCAUAUUGAUGUAAGUCAAAACUCUACCCUCUUUCAAUUGAUUCUUUUCAUGACCUUGACGGACAACUCGAGUGAAUGGACCAUGGAUACUUAUUCAGAUGCCACGAGUUUAUUGGUAUGCGAUGAUGUAGAAGUCGAGUCAGCAGGAGUUCCUAAGGAUUUGAGGUCGCUAUCCCAAGCUAUUGCUCAAAAUGCUCAUGCCAAAGACUUUGUCGAUUGUUCUGAUACGCAGGAUGCAGAAAAAUGGAUGCGUUCGAACGAAGAUCCACAAAUUGGGGUCGCAUUUGAACAAAUCUUAAGCAAGUUUCAUUGCCGUUGUUUACGCGAGUUUGAGUUGAAUGUCCAGCCUUGGGGCGAGGAUUGCACCCCUUUGGUAAGGACAAUAAAAGCCAUGGUGGAACAAAACCUCGAAGCAAAAGUUGUUAAAAACGUAAGUGCGCAUACCCCAAAGAAAAGUUUGGAUCAAAAGUUGGACGAUUUGAGUCAAAAGCUGUCACCAAAGGCCAGGCGAGUGUUGAAGUUUAUUGUGCCAUAUGCCAAUGGAUCUCAAGCUUCACGAGAAAAAUGCAAGGCAGUGUUGAUUCGGCACGUUCAUGAAACCCGAAAAGCAUCGAGGCAACUGGCUCGGAUCUUGAGGCAAAAAGGAUUCCUCCCCAAUGAGUCACUCAUUUUCCACUUGACCCUGUAUGAAAUCCAAGACCUCGUAGCAACUAGAUCACCAGGACUGAUUCAAAAGGCUAUUCGACGAGAAAAGCUAUUUCCUCUUUGGAACGAAAACCAGUUUCCAGAAAUUAAUGAGGGGCCUCCUAUUCCAAUUCAGCCAAGAUCUACAUCUCCAGAGGCCAACAGAGAGGUAGUGGAUCGUAUCAAAGGAACCCCAGCUUGUCGUGGAAAGUAUGUUGGCACAGCCAGGGUCGUCGUUAAAUUGACCGAUGCAAAGCUUAUCCAAAAGGGUGAUAUCCUCGUGACAGUGUCAACAGAUAUUGGAUGGAGUCCUUAUUUUCCAUUACUAGGAGGAGUGGUGACUGAACUGGGAGGCUUAAUAUCCCACGGAGCUGUUGUGGCUAGAGAGUAUGGUUUACCCUGCAUAGUAGGGGCGCAAGGGGCAACCAAGGCUUUUCAAAGUGGUAAUCAAUUGGAAAUUGAUGCAAGUGUUGGAGUCAUUUCAAAGCUGACGGAACAAGGAUCCACUUCAACUACUUGAUGCAUUUCAGCCUCAAAAAUUAACACAAAAUGUCCAAAACAUAUGACCCUAAACCCAAGUCAUUAAAAAAUGAUUAAUAAAAGAAACUAAUUAACUAGUA